CUUUUUCAGUCUGUGAUCCAGAUGCCAGGGUUUCGUAGCUUAGGUGACGAGGAGGAAGUAGAGUUUGAAUGCAAAGUUUCUGAUAAAGGUUUGGAGGCCAUCACAGUAACUGGUCCUUGUGGACAGGACUGUAAGGGAUCUCACAGGAGGCCAAUGUCCAAAAAAAGAUUCCGGAAAAUCAGGUGUUACAACUGUGGAGAGUUUGCAAACCAUCUCGCUGCUAAGUGUUCUCUGGGGCCCCAACCGAAGCGUUGCCAUCACUGUAAAGCUGUAGAGCACCUCAUUGCUGACUGUCCCCAGCGAGAAGACAAGAAGAAAGGCAAAGGAAAAGAACACAACGACAGCAGCAGCAGUAACGGCAAGGGUCACAACAACCAUGACUCGGGAAGUGAGCAGCAAGAUCUGGAACAGCACCGUCUAGAGAGUGCAAACCACGGGGGAGACCUGGAAGCUGGCGAAAGCACGGUUUAGUCGACUUUCGCCGCAAACAUUACAGCUUAUGGGCUGCCAGAUCAAUUUUCUAUAGUUAUGCCAGGCCCGAUAGUUCCUAAACUCCACGUUGGGGUGAGGCCUAGCCUCGAACCCAGACCAGCUCAGUCCGCCCACAUGUCCCUCUGCUGGCCGUGGGGUUCUACCCGAACAUGCGGGGCUUGUGCCCCAUCCUCCUCGUCCCUGAUAUGUGGUACUAACGUGGGCUAGUGGCAGCGGACUUCCCUUGCUGAGGCACGGUCAAUGUGUUCGCUAGCCUCCAGUGUGUUAUGUUCCCGUGGAAAUGCCGUGAAUGACUCUCUUUAAUUUGUUGCCUGGCAAUGGUUGCUCUUCGUAGCCUUUAA